UGACGUCAUCACGGUGUAUAGACGAUGCUUGCGGCGGCAGCUCGGUUCAGACCAGUUUCCUGCCUGAAUCCGGGAGUCCUGAAGUAGCCAUGGCGUCAGGCCUGUCCUGUGUUGUUGUUUUGUCGGCGUUAUGUGUGGUCCUGGCCCCGUCGGUGUCAGCAUUGAGCCGUGACUGUAUGGCCUACGGUUCCACGCCAUACCAAACAUGUUUCACAGGAUUUUGCUGUGGUUCCUGUCUGAGAAGAUACUGCUGUCAGGAUUCUUUCUUUCGUUUUUCUGAGGACGAACAAGAGGAUUGUGAUGAUACCUUUAGCUAUCAUUACACACCGCUGCCCAUGGUCCUUGGUAUUGGUGGCUUCAUCGCCAUUUUGCUUAUCUUCAUCUGCUGCUGUGUCUGUCCCUGCUGCUGCCUGUACAAGAUGUGUCGCAAGCCAAGACCUGUGAUUGCUACCACCACCCACACCACAGUGGUCACCACCGCUCCUCAGCAGUACCCCCAGCAGCCAACUGCAACACCUGGGCUGCCUCAGACCUACCAGGGAGGCCAGUAUCAACCCUACCAGCCCGUACCAGUGCAGCCGGGUUAUGGACCCCAGCCCAUGCAAACAUCACCCUACCAUGGACAACCUUAUGUCCCAGGGCCGCCACCAACAUAUCAGGAAGCAACCGGUCCUGCUUACCCUCCCCAGCCGAUGCCUUACAGCCAGGCUGCGUACACCCCCGGCCAGCCAGCGUACCCUCUGCAUCCUCCCGUCCAGCCGCAGCCCAACGCUCCACACACAGACUUCCUAGCCCAGCCAGCAUACAACCCAGAUUAUGUUGCACCGCCACCCUAGACCGGAUAACGGACCACAGUGCCACGCUCUCAGCCACUUUAAACGUGCUGCAACAUUUUCAAACUUGGCAGAACUGGAAUUGUGUAACCCGAAUCAAAGAUGAUAAUCGUCUCCAGGUGCUUUGAUCCACGUGUUUUGGUGGUUAAUUAUGGGAGUGUUAUGACACAUUUGUAGUUGUGUUAGUGCAUCUGUUUUGUCGAAGAGUUGCCAAGUGAAAAUGUUGAUACCUCUCAGCUCGUAUUGCAUGGACUCAUGAUAUACAAGUGGUGAAAUUGUUGUUGUUUUUUUUAAGAAUAUAUUUUUUAGUAUCUCCAUCUUGGUCAUCUUGACGAAUUACACAUGAAACCACUGAGUCUGAUUUUAAAGAGUAGAUGAAGUACUUUACAGCAUUUUCCAACCAUCCAAACAUGCCUCAACAUCUCGCUCCUGGUCCCUGUAGAUGCUGUGCACCGGCUGAACCUGCUUGACCUCUUCGGUUCCUAUCUGCAGUGAUUGCAGUCAGACUCUGUGGUCUCGCCCAUAAUCUCCUUGCUUUCUGCCAGUUUAUUUCAGACCGACCAAGUGCUUUUAAUCUCUUUUUAAUGUAAUUUAUAAUGCUUAUGUGUUACUUGGGAACAGAUCAACUUCAGAGUGUGUAAUAAUUCUCAGUAGAGGAUUUGUGAUGGGAAGGGUGCAUGUCAUUAUUAACUAACUAUUAUAGACUGCAUAAAGGAAAUGGACAUAGCCACUUGAUGUUGCUAAUUGGUUUGUGGACUACCAUUUUUAGGCCUCGAGAUUGGCACUUUGACUGUCGCCAUCUUGUUUUAUUUCUUUGAGCAAGAAGUGAUCAGAAUUGGACGACAGGGUAGAGCUGCAUCUAUCCUGAUUGACAGGUUGCAGUGACCACGACUUGUCAAUCACAAGGUAGCCAUGCCCUAAAGCGUACCCGGCUUUAUCGUCUAUGUUACUUAAACAGGACUUUAAGUUACAAAAUGAACGUCAUACUUUAUUGAAGAGGAUGUGAAACUAGUGAUUACGACCAUAAACUCAUCAGGAAAAUUUCACUGAUGUAAUAAAUCAAGUGAGAAGUAGUGUCAUUUUCUCCUAGCCAUGUAUACAAUCAAAGUCAGUUCUUUUUUUUAAAACCAGAGGAAUCGCCCCCUGCUGGCCAUUAACAAGAAUGCAGGUGUAAGGCACUUUUUAGAUCCAUAGGCUACGUCCACUUCUUUUGUACAGUCUAUGGUUGACUAACGAUGUACAGGACAAAGGAUCUUUCUCUAACCCUCCAGACAGAGGGAACGUUCAUCAUGUCAAUUCAACGGAAACGCACGUGAAAGUGUUUUUGUGUCCAUGUACAAGGGAGAUUCCACAUCAUGUUUCUUAAUUUCCUCCUUUGCUCAGGUCGUUUUCAUUCAGUUUCCAUCUUGCAACGCGUGUAACUGAGCUGAACUGCAUCGGCAGCUUUGAAUGAAUUAACCAAAGGAAAUUUCUUUUCAACUAACCAAACAUCCACAAGAAAUACAAAUGUUAUACUUCCAGAAUACAAGAAAUGAUUGUGCCUUCUUAGCCACAUUACUUUGUGCAUGUUAUUUUUAACUGUUUAAAAUCUUGUUUUCUAGUUAUCCACGUGUGUUUGAUUUGCCUGUUUCACUCAGUGUUGUGUUGCUUGUGUUUCACUGUCAUAAAGACUGACAUUCACUUCAACCUGCCACAUUAUUUUGCAGUAAGCUGCUUUUCAACCUUAGUUACAGCCCAAACUGUGCGUGUUAUGAAUUUUUAAAGGUCAUUAUAUUCAGUAUUGUGUUACUUGCCUUGUCACAUCCUGUUUUUCUCUCUGGAUAUUGUCCUCACUUUUGCCUUCAUUAGACUGUACCAGCGUAGCAGCCAUGUUUGAAUAAGUAGCCUGUCGCUGUUCCUUUUUUAAAUCUAAACUCUGAACUGAUAUGCCUUCCCUCUCUGCUCGGUCACUUCUGCUUCGUGCUGACUGGAAUGACUUGAAAACAGUUUUGCUUAAGUGACCUUUUUAUGACCCAGCUGAGCUUGGAGAAGUACAGUCACAGCUCAUGUGAUGAGACAUUGAUCUUUUGAGCAACCCUGAGUUUUUAACUUCCUCUCUCCAGACUUUGGUUUGGGUCAAAGGGCACACAGUAGUACCUAUUUCAUUUCAGUGUCUCAUUACAUGUGAGUGUCACAGGUGCAGGUUUCAGAGUGAUCUUCGGUCACAUCUAUGCAGUGGCUUAUUUUAUUUUACCAGCCCACACGAGAAACCACAUGUCAGCUAACGAAAGAUGUCUAAUGUUCUCACGUCUUUGUAAUUUGCAAAAUAGUUAAUUUGUGAGGAACGUGCAUGUGUCCUGAGUGAUUCGUCUGUACUUCCUAUUUGCUUGCCUUUUUCUCUGCACUCUGUCUUUAUAAAUGUGUUUACCUGUGAUUGUCCUUCGGCCAGUGUUGUUUCUUCAAGAUGACUUUAGUUGGAGUGUUUUUAUUUGUGUGUGCGUGUGUGUGUGUGGAUAAUAGCCAUCUAUGUUCUGUGUGGAAGACAGCAGCAGAGAUUUAUUCUUGCUCCAUCUGUGUUUCUCGUCCAAGAAUAAUUGUCAUUGAUGCUACUUUGAGAUGUAUGUACAUUACUUUUAUUUUGUUAAGAACCCACCACUUCCUCUGCAGAGUUCAAUAAAAUAUAUAUUUUCUGUUUGCCCCAA